AUGCCAAGCUCACUGCCUUCGAAAUUUAGAGGAAAUCGGCCGCCGGCAGCGAACAGACUCUUCCAACAAGAACUAGGCGUCGGAGACGUCUACAAGCUGCCGGACUUGUUGGAAGAAGCCGUUGAUUGCGAGAAGAAUCGUGUCAAGUGCGGCUCAGUGGCGUACUGGUUGGACUCGCCGAACAGUGAACUAAUGUUCUAUUUUCUGAUGAAUCCGCGUUCAGGAUGGGUAGUGACGGUAUCAGUUGACAGAAAAUUCCAUCCUUCGUAUCCCACUGUGAAGCAUGUUGGAGGAAAUGUGAUGCUUUGGGGAUGUUUCAGUGAUCACGAAAAUCGUCAGUCUCCGGAUUUAAAUCCGAUUGAGCAUUUAUGGUACGAGCUGGAGCGCCGCGUAAAAGGCACAACAGCAAGGAAUUCGGUCGAAAAUUUCUCUCAGAUUGAAGUAAGCCUGGAAAGCUAUCCCACAGUCUUACCUCACACUGUUAGAUUCUGA